AUGGAACAAAAUAAAAAGCAUCAUAUUUCGCUGUCAUCAUUAACGUCACCAAAUGAUAAACGUUUGAAACCGUUCACUCAUUUAUUUAUGGAUCAAACAAAUCUUCACAGUACCAGCAUUCCCAGAAAUACUUUACGACAUUUUAAUUCACCAUCGGUUAUACUUAAUGAUUUUGGUCCUGCUAGCUCAGAUCCAGAUAUUAAAAGUCGACCAUUAUCAUCAUCAUUAUCAAGAUUAUCAGCUUCACCAUGUUCAUUUCAUCGAAGGGUGCAACAGGGGAUAUCAACGAUGCCUGUAUGUGGACCGGACGGUCGAACACUACAGAAAGGUGCAACGGUAACAAAUUCAUCACCACGGAAUAGUACCAUUAACGAAAUUAGUCAAUUGGAUAAACGUUUCGGACGAAGUUGUGAUUUUCUGAUAAAACCACACACCGAUGAAAUGCGUUUAUUCAACAAUCCUAUUGCUCAGGUCAGUUCAGAUAUUUUACGCAUCAGCGGGUAUACAAAUCAAUUUAAAUCAUUACUAACAUCAAGGUCAGCAUUGCGGCGAGAAUCCGGACCUGGCGCACUUCUACAGGAACUGGAUGAAGAUAAAGAUGAAUAUCGAAAUGGUGGUAUACGUUUUGAUGCAACCGUUGAAAAACAGGAUUCAAAACGUAGAACGAGUACAACAGUGCGUGUGAUAAGGAGACGUCGAAGUGGUUACGGAAUUGCUAUCAGCAGCGAUAGCACAGCUAAAAUGCGCUGUCGAUUACGGAAACAACUUUUUAUUAAACGGAAUAAAAUUUGUGAAAUUUCAUUAGCAUUUGGCUUAGCUGGACUUAUUUUUAUUAUUAUCGAUUCCGAAAUUACCGCUACAACCGGUGAUAGUGAUUUCAAUAAGACACAUCCAAUUUCAUUAUUACUUCGAACAUUAUGUGUAUUAUGUACAAUUGCAUUGAUGGCUAGUUUAGUUCAUUAUCAUUCUAUUGAAGUAAAAAUGGCAUUAAUAGAUAGUGGUGCAGAUGACUGGAGAGUAGCACUUACAACUGAACGAGCUAUUAAAUUAGCUAUUGAAUUAAUUGUUUGUGCUAUUUGUCCAUUUCCAGGUACAGGAAUAAUGCAAUGGUCAUACAUUCAUCCUGAUAGCCGGAAAGCUACAAUGGUUGAUGUACCUGUUGACGUUAUACUAUCAGUACCAAUGUUUCUUCGUGCAUACCUUCUUUGUAGAUUUAUGGUACUGCAUAGUAAACAAUUUCAGGAUGCAGCAACACGUUCAAUUGCUGCUCUAAAUCGAAUAUCGAUGGAUUUUCGAUUUGUGAUCAAAACAAUGAUGGCUGAUCAUCCUCUCAGGGUACUAAUUGUAUUUACUGUAUCAUUUUGGAUUUGUAUGUCAUGGAUGUUUACACAAUGCGAACGAUAUGAUGGACAGUUAUCAGCGAAACAUUACUAUCUUAAUUCACUAUGGUUUAUUAUAGUUACAUUUAUGUCAGUUGGUUAUGGUGACAUUGUGCCAAAUACAUAUUGUGGUCGAACAUUAGCAGUAACAACCGGCAUUGUAGGUGCUGGAGUAUCAUCAGCUCUAAUCGCUGUCAUAUCACGAAAAUUAGAGUUAAGUCGAGCUGAAAAACAUGUCAAUAAUUUUAUGGCUGAUUCAAAACUUACCAAUCAGCGAAAGAAUGCAGCUGCUUUAGUACUUCAACAAACAUGGUUUAUUCAUAAAUACAAGAAUUCAUGCAAUAAAGGUGAUGAAUUACGAUUGAGGCAUCAUCAGAGGCGAUUCUUACAAGCUAUUUAUGAAUUUAGACGAAUCAAAUGGGAUCAAAGAAAAUUACAAGAACGUGGAAAUUUGUUAUUAGAUUUCGGGAAGUUACAUAAUGAUAUGCAUGAAACAUUAUGGGAAAUGCAUCGUACCCAAAAUCAAUUUAUCACACAAAUGAAUUUAUUAACGGAAAAAAUUGUCGAACUUCAAUUUGCCUUAAAACAACAGCAACAUCAACAACAACAAUAUCAACAACAACAAUAUCAACAUCUACAACAACAACAACAAUGCUCUUCAUAUCAACAACCAGAUCAGCAUCAGAUAUCGAGUAUUGAUGAUGCUGAAUUUGAACAACCAGCAUUAGUAUCAGCAUUAUCGAUGUUACCCUCUUCAGAGGGUAAUAUCAAUUCGUUAGACUCUUCACUACCAGUACAAAGUAUAAUUGCAUCUACAGAUGUUAUUGAUGUUGAUAUACCUUCAAGUAGUGAUGUACAAUGGAUUCGUUCAGAUAAUGAAUAUAUUAGGUUAUAA